CUUUUUGUUUUCGUAUACAAGCAAUAGCUCGGAGCUCUCUCCGGCAAACGCAAACACCGUGACCUCAUCUGCUUAUCUCCGAUCAAAACGCUGCGUUUAGCAUUGAUGAUCUGAUCUGCGUAUAAAGUGUAGUCAUAUAGCGUAUGCAUUACUUGGUUUUGAUUGAUCACGAAUGGGGAAAAUCAAGAAACUGAAUCGUAGGGCUCACGUUUCUGCUCCUUAUCCAUCACCACCGUCUUGUUGCAAGAAACAAUGGUCAGGCUCAACUUGCCCAGUAUGUUUGGAGUCUCCACACAACGCUGUUCUUCUCCUCUGUUCGUCUUAUCACCAAGGAUGCCGUCCUUACAUGUGCGCUACAAGCAGCCGCUUCGCCAACUGCCUUGACCAGUACAGGAAAUCUUACGGAAACUCGGAACAGGCCCAGCUUCUCUGUCCGCUGUGCAGAGGUCAAGUGAAAGGCUGGACCGUUGUGGAAGACGCACGGGUUCAUUUCAACUCCAAGAGACGGACUUGUAUGCAGGAGACCUGUUCCUUUGUAGGAAACUUCAAGAAGCUCAAGAAACACAUGAAGGAGAAACACCCGCAUGCUUGCCCUAGGGCCAUUGAUCCAGCUCUUGAGACCAAAUGGAAGAGGCUGGAGAGGGAGAGAGACAGAAGAGACGUGAUAAGCACGGUUAUGUCGUCGACUCCAGGUGCUGUUGUGUUGGGAGAUUAUGUCAUAGAGCCGCGUAGAGGAGCUGCUAAUGAUGAAGAAGAAGAUUACAGUUCAGAUGAUUCUCUGAGCGACGGUGUACCGGAGUUAGAUUCAUGGCGAGGACAAAACCAUCAUAUUAGGUUUAUCGAUAUGGAUGCAAGCGACUUAGCAUCAUCUUCCAGAUCCCAUGCUUCUCCACGCAGUUUACUCUUGCCACGGAACCAGAGAGGCGACAAUAGAGGUCGGUAACUUUAUUUUAACCGAAGCAGUAUAAAAGGCUAACAUGACCAGUCAAUUAGCCACAUAGAGGGAAUUGAAAAAAAAAAUUCACAGUAUUGUCCCUUUAAUUUUAAUUUUAUUUUCAUGUAAAUUAUGUACUGUCUGUAAUUGUAUUAUUGUUUCUGCAUUGUUGUACACUAGUGAGGCAUGAUCUCUUAUGCCUUUUUCCAUUUUUUAUAUAAUUUUUAUGUAUUGAUUUGAUUUUCA